AAAAAAGAAUAUAGGGGGAGUAAUUUGUGACAUAGAUCAAGUUCUAGGGUUCUCUAUGUGAUUGUCGCAGUAUAUAUUCAACUCCUUCGGGGUCUAGGGUUUUCUGCGAAAUCAGCAACAGCCCAAAUCGUAAGUCUAACAGGUGCACUUGCUUUUCUUAUUUAUCUGUUUUCUGUGCCCCUUGCAAUGGCGGAUGGUGAAACUGACAAGAACAUUGAGAUAUGGAAGAUCAAGAAGUUGAUUAAGGCGCUGGAAGCUGCUAGAGGCAAUGGCACGAGCAUGAUCUCUCUUAUUAUGCCUCCACGUGAUCAGAUAUCUCGGGUUACAAAGAUGCUUGGUGAUGAAUUCGGAACUGCUUCAAACAUUAAAAGUAGGGUAAAUCGUCAAUCCGUUCUAGGUGCAAUCACUUCUGCUCAGCAGAGGCUGAAGCUUUACAAUAAAGUUCCUCCCAAUGGUCUUGUUCUUUAUACUGGGACAAUUGUGACCGAUGAUGGGAAGGAAAAGAAGGUCACUAUUGACUUUGAGCCUUUUAAGCCCAUAAAUGCAUCUCUAUACCUUUGUGAUAACAAGUUCCAUACUGAAGCUCUCAAUGAACUUUUAGAAUCGGAUGACAAGUUUGGUUUUAUUGUGAUGGAUGGAAAUGGAACCCUUUUUGGGACAUUGAGUGGAAACACAAGAGAGGUUCUUCACAAGUUUUCUGUUGACCUCCCAAAGAAACAUGGAAGAGGAGGGCAAUCAGCUCUCCGAUUUGCUCGUCUUCGAAUGGAGAAGCGUCACAACUAUGUGAGGAAGACAGCAGAGCUUGCCACACAAUUUUAUAUUAACCCUGCCACCAGUCAGCCUAAUGUUUCUGGACUAAUACUUGCUGGAUCAGCAGAUUUCAAGACUGAGUUGAGUCAGUCUGAUAUGUUUGAUCCCCGUUUACAGGCAAAAAUCCUGAAUGUAGUGGAUGUGUCUUACGGAGGUGAAAAUGGCUUCAAUCAGGCAAUCGAGCUGUCCUCUGAGAUUCUAUCUAAUGUGAAGUUUAUACAGGAGAAACGAUUAAUAGGCAAGUAUUUUGAGGAAAUCAGUCAGGAUACUGGGAAGUAUGUUUUUGGCGUGGACGACACGUUAAAAGCUCUUGAUAUGGGUGCAGUUGAGAUACUUAUUGUUUGGGAAAAUCUGGAUAUUCAAAGGUAUGAACUGAAAAAUAGCUCUACUGGAGAACUUGUUAUAAAACACUUGAACAAGGAGCAAGAGGCUGAUCAGAGUAACUUCAGAGAUCCGGUCACCUCUGCUGAAUUGGAGGUUCAGGACAAGAAGUCGCUUCUAGAGUGGUUUGCUAAUGAGUAUAAAAAGUUUGGUUGCUCUUUGGAGUUUGUUACAAACAAAUCACAAGAGGGAUCACAGUUUUGCAGAGGUUUUGGUGGAAUUGGUGGAAUCCUACGUUACCAGCUUGAUAUGCGAUCAUUGGAUGAGCUUUCUGAUGAUGGAGAAGUGUAUGAAGACUCCGAUUAGCAAUCAAUGGAAAAUCAACCAGAUCCGGUGCAGGAGGAUGGGGCAAAGGCCUGCACUGGGUGCUCGAGCUCGCGCCUUUGUUUCUAUUGCUCCAUUGUCAAGGUUCUAGUAGUCCUAAUUAAGGUUAGUCCUUGGAUUUCUGAAGGGUAGUAAUUUAGCACUCCCCCUUUUGAUGCCCGCACUCUUAUUUUAUUUUGUUCUUAUUCAUGUGAUAUUCAUCUUUUUUACUCCUGAAAGGAUAAUAUUAUUAAUUCCGAUGAAUAUAGACACAUAAGGUAGUGCGGGUAGUAAAAAAAUAGAGUGUGAAAAUCAAUUACCAUAUUUGAACAAAUUAGAUUAUUGUAGUGAUAUAUAUGGCUUAAUUACCUUGGGUGGAUCUUGUUGGACAAUCUUUAGUUGUUUUUCCAAUGUUCAUGACCUUUCUUUCCUCUUCACCUUGAAGGAGAUCACUGUUAGUGGUAAUGCGGAGAAAUUGAGGUAAAUCAUCUUGGAGAGUGGAGAGCUCUUCUACUGUUCAUGGGAUUUCCAUAGGAAGCUUUUGCUUUUGCAUCACCAUGGUGUUUGACUAGAUUAAGACGCUGAACAUAUUGUUAUAGAUGUGUAGGCAACUUUUUAUUUGCGGCUUGUGGAGAACCUUUGUAUAAUUGUCUUGUUAUUUGAAAAAGUUGGCAUCUUUUAAGAUUUAUUAAGUUUGUUUUAUAUAGUUGAAGUGGACAUCAUUUAUGCAGAAGUUUUCUGCUGAAUGCUUGUGGCAUAUGAUUUAUGGGUGUCCUGUUCUGGCA